AUGGCUCUCAGACUGGCUGAUAGAAGUCAACGGCGACAAAAGCACUGCCACCAUUUUCACGAGAAAACGCAAGCACCAUCCCCGACGGCAACUCCAAAUCUUCGGCCAAGGCAUCCCAUGGUCAAACUCAUCCAAAUAGGUAAACACAGCUGCAAUAAAUUUAUAUAUUUUUUAGAACCUACAAGUGUGGAUAACGAAAACCAAAUCCCGGUCGAAGAAUUGCCAACGCCUGCAGUAAAUCAAAUCAAUGACGAGUUAUUAAUCUCUUUGGUAUAUGCACGUAAACCGUUGUGGGAUUUCAGAACUCCCGUGCAGGAAAGGCAUGGUCUCAAACUAAAAAAGUUGUGGGAAGAAGUUGCAGUACUAUUGGGAGGCCAGUUAAUUGAUGCAGUAAAAAAAAGGUGGAGGCAGCUGAGGGACGAUUUCAUGAGGGCCAGAAAAAAGCACAAAACAUAUGUUCCAAGUGGUUCUGGAGCAGAUCAUUUACCCCCACAGCCUACCUUUAAAUACUAUGAAUUGAUGAGAUUCCUAGAUGAUACUGAAAAUAUGACAACUAUUUCAAAUGUAAGCUUGGGACCAUCAACAUCUAAUAGUGGUGCUGAAAUCAUCCCAUCCGGAUCACCAUCACCAAGCCUGUCCUCACACUCUGUCGGAAAUAAAAAAAAGAGAGUAUCUGAAGCUCGAUCUGAAGGAUAUGAAACUGAAAUCCAGAAGGAAAUAUUAAAAGUAAUGCAAGCUCCAGAAAGUAAACCAGAUGGAGUGGAUGGGUUUUUAGUUUUGCUUGGGGAAGGUCUUAGGAGAUUACCAUUAAGAAAUAGAAAUAAACUACAAAUAAGAUUCCUUCAAUUAUUGGAAGGGGAAGAAAGUAUUUUGAAUAAUGAAUAA